CUUCCAUCUCAUCCAUCUCCCAAAUAACAGAAAGACUAGAUAAAGUGGAUAAGAGGAUGGAUAAAAUGGGUAAGAAACAGGAUGGCAUACUGGAGGAAUUGUCCCUAGUGAUUAAUCGUGAUGAACCCGUGGCAGUAUGAGAAACACCUGAUGAAGACCAGGAUGAUCAAAAGAAUCUGUUAAAGGAUCUGAUCAAACUGAUAAAAGUCUCAGCUAUCAAAGGCAAACGCCUCCCUGCUUGAGCAAAUGACAUUAGUAGAUCUAUGUCGCGUGCUGCCCUGUGGAGCUACUUACAUGAGCAUGAAGAGAACAUGAAGAAGUGACAUGACCAACCCACUCCUGCACUACAAGCACAGGUGGGAGAAUUACAAAACAAAUCAACCACAACUGAAAUUGCUCCCGUUACUGCAGGUAACCAAUAGAGGGGCCCUGCCCUCAGUCAGGGGGGGAAAGGGAUAACAGUGUGUAUGAGACUGUGCGGAUUUAAUGGCCUGGCACGACACAACCACAGGAUUAUAAGGCACUGGUGGACACCAGUGCCCAGUACACUCUAAUGCUCUCGAGUUAUAAGGGGAUAGAAUUGAUUUUUAUUUCUGGAGUGACUGGGGGCUCUCAGGAAUUGUCUGUGUUGGAGGCAGAAAUAAGCCUCACCGGUAAAGGCUGGCAGAUACAUAUUAUCUCAGAUGGGGGCAUUUCAAGGGUCCCAAGGGAUACCAAUGGGCUUUUGGAAUAGCUGCUGUAGAUACAGACAACAUUAAGCAGCUGUCUGUCUUGUCUGGCCUGUCAGAAGACCCAUCUGUUGUGGGGCUACUAGAGGUAAAAGAUGAGCAGGUACCAAUUGCUACAAAAAUGGUACACAGAUGGCAGUACCACACCAACAGGGAUUCCUUGCUCCCCAUUCAUAUGCUGAUUCGUCAGCUAGAGAGGCAGAGUGAUCAGAAACUCACUCACCUUUUAACAGCCCCAUAUGGCCGGUGCAUAAAGCCAGUGGAGAAUAGAAGCUGACAGUAGACUACCAUGGCCUGAAUGAAGUCACACCCCCACUGCUACUGAGCACCACUAUGCCAGAUAUGUUAGAACUCCAGUACAAAUUGGAGUCGAAAGCAGCCAAAUGGUAUGCCACCACUGACAUUGCCAAUGCAUUCUUUUCCAUUCCUUUAGCCACAGAAUGCAGUCCACAGCUUGCUUUUACAUGGAGGGGUGUUCAGUACACCUGGAACCAUUUGCCCCAGGGGUGGAAACACAGCCCAGCCAUUUGCCGUGGGUUGAUCCAAACCACAUUGAAACAGGGCAGUGCUCCCGAGCACCUGCAAUACAUUGAUGACACUGUGGUGUGGGGCAAUACAGCAGAGGAAGUUUUUAAGAAAGGAGAGCAAAUAAUCCAAAUUCUUCUGUGUGCUGGUUUAGCUAUUAAGUGAAACAAAGUGAAAGGACCUGCCCAAGAAAUUCAGUUACUAGGAGUAAAAUGGCAAGAUGGGUGUCAUCACAUCCCAGGAGAUGUGAUCAACAAAAUCACUACUAUGUCUCCACCCACUAGCAAGAGACACAGUGUGGGUGCAGUGGGCUUUUGGAGAAUGCACAUCCCAAACUACAGCCUCAUAAUAAGCACCCUCUAUCAGGUGACAUGAAAGAAGAACAAUUACUGCUGAAGAGCAGCAGGCUUUUGAGAAGAUUAAACAAGAGAUAGUACGUGCCGUGGCACUGGGGCCAGUAUGGAUGGGACAGGAUGUAAAGAACAUCCUCUACACUGCUGCUGGAGAGAAAGGUCCCACUUGGAGCCUGUGGCAAAGAGCUUCAGGAGAGACCCAAGGCCAACCCCUGGGAUUCUGGAGUCGAGCGUACAGAGGGUCUGUACAGUGCUACACUCCAACUAAGCCACAUAUGAGGGGGUUCAGGCUGCUUCUGAAGUAGUCGGUACUGAAAAGCAGCACCUUCUAGCAUCUUGACUGCCAGUGCUGAACUGGAUGUUCAGAGGAAAGGUUCCCUCCACCCAUCAUGCUACUGAUGCCACUUGGAGCAAGUGGAUUGUAUUGAUUAUGCAGCGAGCUCAGAUGGGGAACCUCAGCCGCCCAGGAAUCCUAGAGGUGAUCAUGGACUGGCCUGAAGGCAAAAAGUUUGGAACAUCACCAGCAGAAGAAGUAUUGCGUGCUAAAGAGGCCCCACCAUACAAUGAACUACCAGAAGAUGAAAAGAAAUAUGCCCUGUUCACAGAUGGAUCACAUUGUAUUAUGGGGAAGUAUCGCAGAUGGAAAGCUGCUGUGUGGAGCCCCACACGACAAGUUGCAGAGGCCACCAAAGAUAAAGGAGAAUCAAGCUAAUUUGCAGAGGUAAAGGCUGUCCAGCUGGCCUUAGAUGUUGCUGAACAGGAGAGCAAAACAGCUGGCAAAGAAGGUUAAACCUAUUUGGGCUGCUGAACUGUGGAAAGACAUUGCUGCCCAAAUAAAGAAUAUGGUUAUAAAGGAGCGUCAUGUAGAUGCUCAUGUGCCCAAGAGUAGGGCUACCGAAGAACAGCAAAAUAACCAUCAGGUAGAUCGAGCUGCCAAAACCAAGGUGGCUCAGAUAGAUUUGGACUUGCAAAACAAGUGUGAAUUAUUUCUGGCUCGGUGGGCCCAUGAGACUUCAGGUCGUCAAGGAAGAGACACAACAUAUAAGUGGGCUAGAGACCGAGGGGUGGACUUAACUAUGGACACUAUUGCACAAGUUAUUCAUGACUGUGACACAUGCGCCACAAUUAAACAAGCCAAGAGAAUGAGACCUCUCUGGGGGGAAGGACAAUGGCAAGAGUAUAAAUAUGGAGAGGCAUGGCAGGUUGAUUAUAUCACCUUGCCACGAUCUCACAAUGGUAAGCGUUAUGUGCUUACCAUGGUGGAGGCAACCACUGGGUGGCUUGAAACAUACGCAGUACCCCAUGCUACUGCCCAAAACACCAUAUUAGGUCUGGAGAAGCAAAUCCUGUGGCGACAUGGUACCCCAGACAGAAUUGAGUCAGAUAAUGGGACUCAUUUCAAAAAUUCACUUGUGGAUAUUUGGACCAAAGAUCAUUGAGUGGCCAUUGACCAUCCACUCAAAGGCCAUUGAGUGGAUUUAUCAUAUCCCCUACAAUGCGCCAGCUUCUGGUAAUACCAAACGUUACAGCGGGUUGUUAAAAACCAUGUUGAAAGCAAUGGGUGGCGGAACAUUGAAGCACUGGGGGAAACAUUUGACAGAAGCCACCUGGUUGGUCAACACUAAAGGAUCGGCCAAUUGAGAUGGUCCUACACAGUCCAGCUCCCUACAUACUGUAGAGGGAGACAUGGUCCUUGUGGUAAAUGUAAAGAGCGUGCUGGGAAAAGCAGUUUGGGUCCUUUCAGUUUCUGGGAGGGGCAAACCCCUCCAUGGAACUGUUUUUUACACAGGGACCUCCGUCCGCCUGUGGUGGAUGAGGUGGGUGAUAUAGAAAAAUGGGGACAUCCAGUGUGUACUACAAGGAAAUCUGAUGCUGAGGGAGUGCAGUCAGUUAUUCCAUGUAUACAUAUAUAUAUAUAUAUAUGCGUAUGUAAUACAUGUUAAUUACUGUUUUGUUUGUAUAUAGAUAUAUGUUAAGCAUGAUGUAGUGAUGUGGAAUAAAGAGUGGAAUGUUGUGGUUUGGGGAUUUUUGUUGUCAGUAUUCCACAUCAGAGCAUCAUGUAAAACAGUGGGAGUUAAAGAGUUUAUGUUCUGGUUCUGUGGACUGCCUUUUUUGGGCAUUUUGGGUUCUCAGAGGGGAGGGGAGGGAAGGAGCCGCAUUUGUGGAGGACCUGGCACGCAGAGUAAGAAAGGUGGAGCUGCGGGCGGGACAGGGGUCACUCGCUCUGUCUCUGGGUUUGUCACUGAGGAAAGCACGUGCUUCCCUGCAGUCUACUAGUGUAAGGCCUCAAAUUUUGGAUACUCUUUUCUCUCUUAUUUUGUUUGAUUUUGUUGGAUUUAGUAAAGUACCGUUCCUCCUCAGAGCGUUGCCGUUGUUUUUUUUGUUUGUUUUUGUUGUU